UACUGUCAGAUUUUUCUGUCAACUGAAAAUUUCAGCUGCGCGAUCGAUAACACGAAUUUGGAGUAAGCGGAGGUCAAGUUAUAUUGGGUCAUUGAUGCACGGCUAACUGCACUAGUAUCACAAUCAAGUUAUCUAAUUGCGGUGUGCUAAAAUGGAUACUUCCGGUGCGUAUGGGGGUGGAAAAGCUGGAGGCGCGUUUGACCCUCAGGCUUUUAUUCAAAGGCCUCAUGUGAUCGUCAGGGCGGUAUGUUGGCUGUUCAGCGUGAUUGUAAUGGGCUGCAUAUCAUCCAAGGGCUGGCGUACUGACUCUGAUGGGAAGGACCAUUGCGUGUACAAUGAUGACACAAAUGCAUGUAACUAUGGUGUCGGGAUAUCUGUCAUUGCAUUCAUUGCCUCCGUGGCUUUUAUUGUCGGGGAAUAUCUCUUUGAGCAAAUGUCCUCUGUCAAGACUAGGAAGCAUUAUGUGUUGGCUGACUUAGGUUUUUCUGCAUUCUGGGCCUUCUUGUAUUUCGUUGGAUUCUGCUAUUUGUCCAAUGCUUGGGGCAAAACUGAGAAGCCACCGAUCGGAACGGCGAACAACAUGCAGGGCGCUAUUGCAUUCUGCUUCUUCUCCAUAUUUGCUUGGGUGGCCUGCGCUUUCUUCGCUUUCCAACGGUUCCGCAUGGGCGCUGAUGCGGCGUUCGCUCCGGCAUACGAAGUGGAGGGCGCGAUCGGAAGCCCUGGAGGCUUUCCCACCUACCCAGGGGCUCCAGACCCGCAGCCUACCUACACCGAACCUCCCUUCUCACAGACAGCUGGAAACACAGGAAACAUGGACUACACAGCUCCUACGUAUUAAUCGACGCGUUCGCGCAUUUCAAAAUCAAAAAUUUUAUUUUCAGUAUUUAUUGUGAGAAUGCAACUCCCUAUGUAUUAGUGUACACUCGUACACAAAAGGGCUUUAAAGUGUUUACCUCUUAAAAAAAUCUCAUAUCAAUUUAUUUUUGUAUCGCGAAAAUAUGUAUUCAUAUAUAUUAUUAUAUAUUUAUACAUCACCUCGUAUAUUAAGGAUCCGAUUGGAUUCCCGCGCUUUUUAUAUGCAAUUUUUAGUUUUUAUUGUUCCAUUAAAUAUUAUAAUUGUACUUAGGUAUGUAGUAGUUUUGUGAUUUGUAAAAGCUGAGAAAAUAUUAUAAAUGACAUUUAAAAACAAUUUUUGACUUGUAUAUUAAGAUUCGUUUAUAUAGAGAAUAGAUGUGAUUGUCGCUUCUCAGUACCUGCAAUGUAGUGAAAAAUACAGACAAUAUAUCAUGUAUAAUAUAUUAUUAAGUAAUUAAAAUUAUAUGGAAAAAGGACGGUUAUGUAAUCUCAGUAUUUUGUGCCAUUUCUUUUAAGAUGCUUCAUUUGGAAUUUCAUAAAUGUAUUUAUGGUAUCAGAAAUUUUGUAGUGUUUAUAGCAAGUAGUUAUACAUUAAGUGUUUUGAAGCAUUGUGUGUGCUAAAAUUAGGAAAAAAUUAUGCUUACUCCGUAUUCGCCUAACUUCUUAAGACAAAUAGGUCUGACAAGUACAUAUUAACCUUUACUUUGGAUUCACUGUGACUCAUAACAAAAUAGCUCCCAAUAUUUAUCCGAAGUUCUCAUAGAUUGCCUUAAUAUGAUCACAUUACACAGAAAAAGUCAUAAAAUCUAAUACUUGCAAGGUUUUUUAUAAAUAAAAGACAAAAAAAAUAUUUAUUACAAAUAACAAUAAAGUCACUGUUGUAUAAUAUUUUGGCAAUAACUAAAUUAAUUAUUUAGUACUGCUUGAGCUUAAAAUAUUAGUAAAUAAUUUUAUCUGCAUAUCGUUAAAAAAAACGGUGUGAUUAAUUUACAAAAAAUAUAUAUACUAUGUAUAAUUGUAAAAUAGAAAAAAUGUGUACGCGAUGAUACCAGCGGCCAUUGUUGUUCGAGUAAAAAAACCAAAUCAAAAUCGUCUUAGGUAUUUUCAAAAGAUCUCGUAUUUACCAAAAAUAAUAUAAAACGGAAGUUUUCGGGAAAUAGUUUGUAGUGAACUGUAAUUUGGCGCAUUCAGUAUUAAUAUAGUCAAUAAUAUACCCGUAUAAUUAUAAUCGAAGGUCCCUUACAAAUUGGAAAACCGCAAUUUUAUUUUCGUUUUUUUAUUACACAAAUGAAAUUGAAUUCUAUUGAAACGGAAACAAAAUUGUUUUUUACUUGCGAUAAUUUCCUUCGAUUCGAUUCGAACUAAAUUUAAUUGAAAUCCAAUAUAUUUUUAUCAAUAUAACAUUAGCGAUAAUGUUUUAGUGUACCAUGUUAUGUAGUUGACUGGUAUGAUUAUUUAGAAGCAACUCUUUUUAAAUUGCGUAGUUUAUAUUAAAUAUAUUUCUCUUGUGUAUAAAUUAUUAAUUUACUUAUAUCGUUAAUGUAUAUUUUAUUAUAUUUCAAAAAAAAAAAAAGAAAGACAGCACUGUGAGUUUACUUAACAUUAUAUUAACUUUUUGUAUAGAAAGGAUAAUGAAGGAAAAUAUAUUUUUGUGUGCUAUAUCGCAUUAAUUAGAUACACAAAUUAUCGAAUGAAAUCUUACUAGUUGUAUGUAUCUUGGAGUUGGUAGACUUAGUGAAGUAGUUGCUUAGCUUGUUGUUGAUGUGUUUUAACCGAUUGUGGGUAGGCAAUAAUAAUAAAAAAAAUUGACGCAUUUUGUAAUUAAUUUCAUGUGUGACAACUGUUACAUUUCAAUAAAAGCGUGCGUAAUCUCAUAUAUGGCCUACACUUUAUGCAAGGGCUCGCUGAAAAGACCUUCUACUGACUACCCACCUUUAAUUUUAAAAAAAUAUAUAUCGAGAAAAUUUGUAUUAAUAUAAUAUUCUUAGCGUGCAAAAUUGUUUCUACUUACUAUUUGAUUCCUAGUUAAAAUGUACUUGUUUCGUUAAAAUAAUAAAAAAAUAUGAAUAGGUAUUCGAAUUUUGUAUUCGAGAAAAAUAUUCUUUUAAUUUUGAUUUUCGAAAAACCAAGGAACCGUUACAUUUUGUUUGUUCUCGUUUUUUUUUUUUCGUUAUUGUUAACGUUUAUAAUUUCACCACAUAAAAGUAAAUUAUAUUUAGGGUUGUCCACCGCGUAUUAAAUUAGAGCAAUACGCUUUAUUACGUGAAUGUGAAAUCUGUAUUUAUAGAAUACGCUUAAAUAUUUUUUAGCAUCCGACACAAAGGUCACUUUCGUUAUAACAUAUAAAAAUGUUUUACUUGAAUGGACUAAAUUUAUAUAGUAUUAUACAAUCUAAAAAAUUACUCAAUGUUAGUCAGUCGAUUUUAGACUUAGCUCUUUGUCUAUAUGAACUUCAAUUAGAUUGUAUUUAUCGCGUUAUGAAAUUCAUUUAAAAUCAGUAGAAAAUAAUAUAGUAUAUAAUAAUUAAUACCCUGAUUAAACCGAUCUAAAAUUACAAUAAUAUUCUUUGUUGUAAAUGAAAGGCAACCCUAACUGUAAAGUUGAAAUAGACAUAAUUUUGUUCUACUUUAGUUUUAGUAUCUGAAAUUUAAAAAAAAAACCUUAUCAGAAAAAACAUGUAAAUAUAUACAAUGAUUCGUUUACCUUUUUGGUACUGUACACUCAUAUAACAUAGUAAUUUAUUUAGUUGUAGUUCGUUAGUAAUGUUUAUGAUUAUAUUAUGUAAUAAUGACAUAUUAAUUUUUGACGGUGCCAUUUUUAUUUUUAGUCUGUGGUAUUUGACUCGACAAUGUGUUACAAAUGUGAAAUUAACUUCAGAAUGAAAAUUUAUGUGGUUAUAUAAUUUUUUUUGGAACUACGCUAAACUGUUUGUUAUUUUAAUUUUGACCUACCAUAAAAGAAAAAUAAAAUAUAUAAUAAUAUUUAUUUUAUCAAAAUUGAUUCAUUCCGGUCUCCGAUAGAACUUGCGAAUAAAAACGACCUAAUUCACAAAAAAAUUAACGGAGAUAAUUUUGUUUGAAAUGUAACUUUUAUUUUAACUCUAUUUAAAUAUCUGACGAAGCGUUUUGCGGAUAAUAAAUAUUAUGUACUUUUAGGUUAUUAAACUACCUUGCAUUUUGAUUUAUUUAAAUAAACAAUAAAUUCACUCAUAGGUGUGCGUUAGGCACUAUUGAGUACAUAGAAUAAAAAUUAUACGACAGACUUAAAUUAUGUCUUAAUGUUCCCUGCUAAUUUUAAUAUGGUUACAAUUUAAAAUUCAAAAUGGCGUCGUCAAAAGCAAAAAAGUUUCCAAUCUAAGAUAAAAAUCGUAAUAAGUGUUGAAUAUUUUAUGCUACUGUCGUUCGGUGUUUAAAUUAAAGGAAUAGAUUUUAAGCAAUAAUUUUAAAA